AUGGCUAAGAAAUCAAAUAAGAAGACUCCUAAGCAGAGUCCAAGUCCUGAUGCUCCUGUCAACUUCUUACCACAAGGUAAGUACCUCAAACCGAACGAAAUCGAAUAUGAGUUUGGUGGUAUUCCCGGUGUGAUUGGAAUGGUUGUUGGUUUCCCCCUUUUGAUGUACUACAUGUGGAUUUGUGCCGAAUUUUACCGAGGAAGAGUCGAAUUGCCAAUGGCUGGUGAAUCAUGGUUACAGUUUAUUCAUCGUCUAUACACAGUCGGUGUCGCACAUGCAACUCCAACUCUGUACAGUUGGUCGAUCUUCCUAUCAUUUUGGAUCGCUCAAAUCGUGUUUUAUUAUACUUUGCCUGGCAUCUGGACAAAAGGUCAGCCUUUAACCCAUUUGAAAAAUAAACAAUUGCCCUAUUAUUGUAACGCUAUGUGGACCCUUUACGUGUCCACUACCAUCGUGGUCGUGUUGCAUUAUACGGGUAUCUUCAAAUUGUACACCAUCAUUGACUUGUUCGGCGAAAUCAUGACUUGUGCAAUCAUUUCAGGUUUCGUCUUCUCUAUAGUGCUUUAUGUUUGGACUCUUUUCGUCUCGGGAGACUACCACCGUAUGACAGGCAAUCAUAUCUAUGAUUUCUUCAUGGGCGGUCCUUUGAACCCAAGACUAGGAAUCCUAGAUUGGAAAAUGUUCUUCGAAGUGAGAAUCCCAUGGUUCACUCUAUACUUCAUCACUUUAAGUGCAUGUUUCAAACAAGUCGAGACUUACGGAUACCUAUCUCCACAGCUAGGUUUAAUCAUGUUGGCCCAUUGGCUUUACGCUAACGCUUGUGCAAAAGGUGAAGAAUUGAUUGUUCCUUCUUGGGAUAUGGCUUACGAAAAGUUCGGUUUCAUGUUGAUCUUUUGGAAUAUCGCAGGUGUCCCUUACACCUACUGCCAUUGCACUUUGUACUUACACUACCACGACCCUUCAGAAUACCAAUGGUCCACGACUUACAACGUCUCUUUGUACGCUACAUUGUUGAUCGCUUACUACUUCUUCGACACUUGUAACGCUCAAAAGAACGCUCUAAGAAAACAAUUAGCUGGCGACCCAACAGUUAGAAAGACUUUCCCAUUCUUACCUCGCCAGAUCUUAAAGGAUCCAAAGUACAUGAAGACAAAGACCGGGUCAAUCUUGCUAAUCGAUGGUUGGGUUACUUACGCAAGAAAAUUGGCCUACACUGCAGACUGGACUCAGUCCUUAGUUUGGGCUCUAUCUUGUGGUUCGAAUUCAGUAUUCCCAUGGUUCUUCCCUGUCUUCUUCUUCGUUGUCUUAGUUCAUAGAACCAUAAGAGACACAACUAAAUGUAAGAAGAAGUACGGUGAAGAAUGGGACGAAUAUUGUAGACAUUGUCCAUAUUUGUUUAUUCCUUACAUCUUCUAA